AUGUCGGCACCGAAAAAGGAACAAUCCGGUUGUGGCUGGUCCCACACGUCAGAGGGUAUUCGUCUCAACGGUGCUGCGCGGGGCACAGAGUACGCUCAGGAUCCAAAACACGACGUUUCUUAUUUCGACAACUCCCCGGCGCAACUUUUCUUUUUCGAUGAUACUUCUAGCGCCGUACUGCAUGAUGUUGCAGAAGGGAACAUCUAUGUGUCCCAGGAUGAGGGCAAAAGUUGGGAACGAGCUUCUGAUAUACCGACGGGCGCUGCAGGCAUGUUAAUUGAACAUCCCUUCGAAAACCACUAUGCUUUUGUAUUGACCGGAGGGACUACGCAUUAUCGGACUGAUGACCGCGGAAGAACAUGGAGACAGUUCGAGGUCCCGGCGGCAGUUAGCUUCAUCGGAAACCCACUUUCUUUCCAUUCCGACCCAGCGAAAUGGGGUCAUAUAAUCUACCAUGGCACUGUCUGUGAGCGGGUGGGAUGGGGUGAAACUUGCCAGGACAAUGCAUUUUACACUACUGAUGCAUUCGAUACAACACCCAAAACCCUCCGCCCUGAUAUCACGCGCUGCCAAUAUGCCCACAGCAGCAAAGAUUUCAAGCACGAUGCAAAUGAAAAUCUCAUUUAUUGUGUCGGAUUUGAUGCUGCAUCGGCCACCGGAAGUCACUCCUUGUCAUCUAGCCGUCUUUUCUCUAGUACGGAUUACUUCCAGAGCGAAAACAAAAUUGAAGACCUUGGGAUUGGUAGAAAUGCCAGAGGAGUGAUGGCUUUUGCAAUAGUAUCGAAAUUCGCUGUCGUCGCAUUGAAAGAUCUAUCCCCUGGAAAUAAUGGCGACAUGUUGUUAUAUGUCACCGUCAAUACCAGAGAGUGGGCUCAAGCUCAUUUCCCUCACGCUUCAAGCGCCCGCCUUCGCGAAAAUGCAUAUACUAUUGUUGAGUCAACCAUACACUCUCUCGCAGUGGACGUCAUGUUGCAAGACCAGAGCACCAUCGGUACCUUAUUCGUUAGUAACUCGAAUGGGACGUUUUUCGUGGAGAGUUUGAAGGAUACAAACAGAAACGAGUUCGGAUUCGUGGACUUCGAAACCAUCUAUGGUGUUGAGGGUGUAGGUAUUUCUAAUAUCAUUGUCAACGCACAAGACGUCGAACGACAACGUGCACCCAAGCGGUUGAGGUCAAUGAUAACGCUUGACGAUGGGAGUUCAUGGUCUCCGAUUCGAGCACCUUCGACGGAUUUUGAUGGCGCACGGAUAAAAUGUGACCCCUCAGAUAGUGAUCAAUGUUCUUUACAUCUCCACUCAGUCACAAAUUCGCAUAACUAUGGUCGUAUAUUCUCAUCUCCAGCGCCUGGGCUUGUCAUGGGCGUGGGCUCCAUUGGCCCAUAUCUCCUUCCUUAUGAAGAAUGCGACACAUUCCUGAGCAUUGAUGCUGGUCUUUCUUGGAACAUGAUACGGAGAGAUGCGCACAAGUAUGAAUUUGGAGACCAAGGCAGCAUCAUCGUCGCGGUCAACGACGAAGAAUCAACAAAUUCAGUCAAGUACUCGACUGACAUGGGGAAGAAUUGGAAGACGUACGAUUUCGGCAUUAACCUCCGGGCUAGGGGUUUGACAACGGUUUCUGACUCGACAUCUCAAAAAUUCAUUUUAGUGGGACAGGUUUCGCGUCAAGACCAGAAAUCGGAUCAGGGACGUUAUGCUAUAGUUUUCCUCGACUUUGCCGCUACUAGAAACCGGAAGUGCUCCGACGAUGAUUUUGAGAAGUGGUAUGCAAGGUCUGCCAGGGACAAGGAAUGUCUCAUGGGUCACAAGCAAUGGUAUCGCCGACGAAAGCCUGACGCAAAUUGUUAUGUGGGUGAGAAGUUCAAUGACCCCGUUGAACACGAGGAGAACUGCGCCUGUGAGGACGCUGAUUUCGAAUGUGAUUACAAUUUCGUACGGAGCGGUGAUAAGUGUGUCCCGUCGGGACCGGAAAGUAUACCAAGUACCCAGUGUACAACAGGCAAUCCUACAGAGUCGUAUUUGGGGUCUUCCGGUUAUCGACUUAUUCCCGGUAAUACGUGCGACAGAAGUAGAGGCAUUAAGAAAGACGAACCUGUAUCUAAAAAAUGUUCAGAAGCGCAACCUGCAGAAGGCGAAAUCAUUAAUCAAAUCUUCGAGUUUCCAGCGCAGAUCAUUCAACACCACUAUUUCAAACAAUCUUCGACUAUCUUAGUCCGACUUUCAGAUUAUUCUGUAUGGCAGUCCAGUAACGAGGGUUACAGCUGGGACCAGCUGUUCGAGGGGGAGCGUUUCUUGGCGAUUUACAUGCACACCCACAGUAGUGAUCGUGCGUAUCUCCUCACCGACAGUCGCAAGUUUUUCUACACUACGGACACGGGAAGAUCCUGGAAUCAGCUGAAUGCCCCAUCUCCACCAAACUUCUUCCACGCCGAGGUUAUACGAUUCCAGCCGAGAUCAGACUAUAUUAUCUGGACGGGAAACGUGGGAUGUGAAGGAAUGGGAGAUCACUGCCACGCCGAGGCACAGUAUUCAUGGAAUAAUGGACGUGAUUGGAAGUUCGUGGAAAACUAUGUUGUGAAUUGUCAAUGGGCCAGGGACUCGGAGCUGUUGAUCGAUCCUACACAAAUCAUGUGCGAGUCGUACUUGAACAAGCAGGGAUCGCAGAGGUUCUUUGGACGGAAUAACCCCUUACAACUUAUCUCGGGUACCGAUUACUUCUCCCAGAAGACGAAGCUCUUUGAUCGCGUUGUUGGUUUUACUAAGUUUUCAGAAUUCUUGAUUGUUGCAGAAGACCUUCCAGCAACCAACUCGCUUGAUCUUCAGGUAUCUUUGGAUGGUAGGACAUUUGCUGCAGGGCAGUUCCCACAAGGCAUGCAUCCUGAGACUCAUACUUACACUAUCUUGGAAUCGAGCACCAUGUCGAUUUUCCUUCAUAUGACGAUGACUACGGGUCCAAGUCCGCCUUGGGGUAACAUCUUGAAGUCUAACUCUAACGGAACGUACUUUGGUCUCUCGCUUGACAACGUGAACCGCAACAAUGAUGGUUAUGUCGACUUCGAGAAGCUAAUAGGGUUGGAUGGCAUUGCUAUUGUCAAUAUCGUGGCUAACCCUCAGGAAGCCACAAUUUCAGGGAGGAAGCUUCUUCAAACUCGUAUCACCCACAAUGACGGUGGCUCAUGGCGCCCGUUGUCCCCACCUCCCAGUGACUCUGUAGGCCAAAAAUACGACUGCACUUCUACAAGCUGUGCUCUUCACAUCCAUGGAUACACUGAACGACCAGAUGCCCGCGCGACCUACAGCAGCCCCUCCGUUGUAGGAGUGGUGAUGGCUGUCGGUAACGUAGGGGAGGUGCUAGCACCAUACACAGAUAGCGACACGUUCCUUAGUCGCGACGGUGGGUUUACAUGGGAGGAAGUACACAAGGAUGCACACCUUUGGGAGUUUGGCGACUCUGGUUCUAUCAUCGUGAUAGUGAACGACGAGGAACCGACAGACCACGUCUUGUUCACCAUAGAUGAGGGCAUAACCUGGCGACAGUAUCAGUUUAGUCAAGAGAAAAUAAGAAUCAGGUCGAUUGUCACCGUCCCUGAGGAUACAAGCCGCAAAUUCACGUUAUUGGGCCAGUCGCCUCGUUCGCCGUCCAGCUCGAUUGUCAUCCAUAUUGACUUUACUUCGUUGACACACAAGCAAUGUACGUUGAACAUCGAAGACCCUGGUCAUGAUGAUUUCGAGUUGUGGAGUCCUAGCGAAGAACGUAAUGAAGCCUGUUUGUUUGGUCGCCAGACUUUGUACCAUCGACGAGUGCGUAAUACGAAUUGCGCAGUCGGGCACCAACCAAAAGCAGAAGAGAAGAUAGUUAGGUAUUGCGCUUGCACGCAGGAAGACUUUGAAUGCGAAUUCAACUACGUCAGAAACACAGCCGGGGAGUGUGUACUUGCGUCGGGGAUGCAACCACUUGCAGAUGAUGAUACGUGUCGUGGCGAUGAUGAUUAUUGGUAUGAGCGUACUGCCUACCGUAAAAUCUUCUACUCGUCGUGUGAAGGCGGCCAGCGGCUUGAUCGUGGCACUCGACAUCUCUGUCCAGGCGUGAAGGGCCACAGCGCAUGGUUCUGGUUCUUCGUGCUCAUAUUUCCGUUUGGCAUCACGGCUCUCAUCGCCUUUUGGUGGUAUCGCAACAGCGGACGUGCACGGGGGACGAUCCGCCUCCCUGGCGAUUACCAGGCGAUGUAUCGCUCGGCCUCAGGAUCGGGCGCUUUGUCUACGCUUGCUUCUGUCCCGUGGUUCCUACUCGGUCUUGCAGGCAUCGCAUGGGAGUAUGUGGCAUCCACGGCUGAGUCUAUGUCGCUUGGCUUCCGUUCGCGACGUGGAUAUAGGGACAUCCCAGUAGACGAAGACGCACAGAUUCUGCGGUUCGAGGAUGAGGAGUAAGCUUGAGCUGUGGACUCUUUAUUUGUAUGCACAUUAGUCUAGUAGUAAGCGCGAUGUUUAGAGUGAGAUUAAUUUGUAGAUAUGCACGAGUCAUUGUUUAUCGUUCAUCAUCCAUAUGUGUAUUAUGUUAUGGUUGCGCUAGCUCCUCUUUCUUGUUCGAUAUAUAUAGUCAUUAAAU